CUUUAUCACUGGUAUUCAUUCCAGAUAGCGAUGGAGAAAAAUUUACCUUCUCGUCGCAGAGAUGCCCCGAAGCAUCGGAUCACAGCUGCAGAGACCGACAACUCCAUACUAAGCAUAGACCCAAUUUGUUCAUCUCUAUCGACAAUAGAGCCUCUUGAAGCUUCUGUCUCCAGUUUAUCAACCUGCCAUAGAGACGCAGACUUCCUGAGCAAUGACCCAUUACAUGAAUUCGAGCCAUACCCACCUGACGACAAUUACUAUAUCAAUAUCAAUCUCGCCAACCCCUUACAACACAGUCAAGACCACGGGAGCUCGGCAUACUGUAUACCCAAUACACCCCUUCUUCGCCAUCCUGGGACCAGUGAAUCGGGAAACAUGCCCCAAGAAGAUUUUGCCACGCAGAGCAGUGAAGCAACGUCAUAUCUAACCAACGAUUUUGACGUACAAUUUUCUUCUUACUCCCAAACCAUCGACCCAACCAUGGAUUAUUGGUCGACGCUGAGCCCAUUAGAUCGCUGGGAGAACUCCCCGCCAGAGGCGGAGGCAGCAUGUCUCGAUGAUAUCCUGAGCUCUGUGAAGAAAAGUUCAAUGGAAGAAAAAUCACAAAAGUUGCGACGGAAAACUCAAAGCUCGGGUGUUUCCAAGCCACGUGGUCAACAGUCCCAACGCCAAACACCCUCGGUGGCUGCAUCUGAUUCAGCCAGGUCCAGUGCUUCAAGUACCUCUGCAUCGUCAGCACAUAGCUUAGGCUCUAAUAAUUCGAAGUCAUUUGGUAAGUUUUAUGUGGGAGAGUCUACACGUCGCCGACGCCGACGCCAACAGAAGGACUCUUCCAUGCACCACCUUCGGCCUGAGCAGCCACCACAACGACCAUACCAGUGUACGUUCUGUACAGACGCAUUUAAAUCAAAGCAUGACUGGGUACGCCAUGAGAAAACACUACAUCUGUCAUUGGAAAGAUGGCCCUGUGCUCCGUUUGGGCCUACCUAUGAGGACGAAGCCACUAGCACACCGCGAUGUGCUUUUUGCGGCACCGAGAACCCUCCAGAGAGUCAUAUUAGAGAGCAUCGCUUCUGGGAAUGCCAAGACAAGCCACUUACACUACGGACAUUCUACCGGAAAGAUCAUCUCACACAGCAUCUGCGUCUAGUACAUGGAGUCGAAGACAUAGCAGCCAGGAUGACAACAUGGAAGUCUGAGGUCACGCAUGUCAACUCUCGCUGCGGAUUCUGUGGGGACACAUUCACACAAUGGCCAGAACGGAACAAUCACCUUGCGGCACAUUACCGGAAAGGAGCCUCUAUGAAAGAUUGGAAGGGCUGUCGGGGUCUUGAUCCCGCUGUAGCUCUCGCGGUGGACAAUGCCAUGCCCCCAUAUCUUAUUGGAAUUGAAUCCAAUGGUGUGGAUCCUUUCAGUGCCUCUACCCGAGGCUGUCCACCCACGGCGGCAAUUGAUAGUAGAGCUUAUGGCGCAUUCUGUCCUAAUCAACCGAAGGAGGCUCAGCCGACUCCCUUUGAGCAGCUCACGGAACACUUGAUACGAUUCGUUCGAAGGAAGCAAGCGCAAGGAUCGCCCAUUACCGAUGAAUGUAUACAACAGGAAGCACGUGGCCUUCUGUAUGGAGAUGACGAUCCCUGGAACCAAACCGCAGCAGAUAGUCCCGAGUGGCUGAGACUUUUCAAGGAGGGAAUUGGUUUGAACGCGUCAACUCCAAACCUGGAUCCUGGUACAUCAAAUAUAUCUUCUAAUGCUAUCUUCCCACUUCCGUGGACAGCAGAUGAAGAAUAUCAUCGGGUGAAAAAUCAAAAUGAAAUGUGCACCAAUGGCCUUGCUGGUGAAAUUGAUCCUUGGAUGCCUUGGGCAUGGCAAAGUCCUGAAUGCCUUGCGGAGUUUCGCAAAUUCAGGGAUGGCUCCAUUUCGUGCUCUACCCCACAGCAAACAGGGAUGUACUCUGCUCAGGAGUCCUCAGCAGCAGAAGCAGAUUUGCCUUUUUGAUCAGUAUCGCGAUUUGAGAAUAGUGACAGGGCUCCUUUAAAGCGACAAGCGAGUCUGGAUCCCGACACGGAUCCAUAGGUCAUUAUCAGUAG